UUCACUUUGUCUGUGACGGUCAGGUGUCGACGCUGAUUCGCUUAUCCAUUAGCGGGGCUCUCGGCGGACAGCACGCGCGGCGUUUCACUCUCGCGUGGCAUUCAACAUUUCCUCUCUCUCUCUCGUGCUGAGGAUACUAGGACAGUGAUGGAUGCUGUUCGCGGGUAAAGAGCAAAAAGUCUGAAUUCAUGGGUGGCGAGACACAGGUUUAAGCAGUCAGAGAGGAUACAGACCUGCCUUCGGGAAACACACGCAGAGGUUUGCCUGAAUAAGUGGCCAUGCUGUUCUCUUCGUUCAUUUGUGCUGUGGGGUUCUCCCUCCUGUCACUCCUGCUGUUUCAGUGCCCCGCCCAUGCCUGUCCUCCCCGCUGUGAGUGUGCGGUGCCCACCCGCUCUGUUUCAUGCCAUCGACGACGGCUGGCACAGGUGCCUGAGGGCAUCCCUAUAGAGACAAGGGCGUUGGACCUGAGUAAAAACCGUCUACGCAUUGUUACGCCGCAGAACUUCUCUUCACUGCUUCUGCUGGAGGAGCUGGAUCUCAGCAACAACCUGUUGUCCUCCGUGGAGCCCAAUAGUUUCCGUGCCCAACCGCGUCUUCGGGUCCUCCGACUGCGCAGUAACCAGCUGACGUUAUUGCCUCGUGGUGCGCUGGCUGGCCUCAGUGAGCUCACCCUGCUGGAUGUAAGUCAGAACCGCCUUGUUAUACUGCUGGACUACGGGUUUGAGGAGCAGAGGAGGCUGCGUGUGUUAGAGCUAAGUGAUAAUGAAUUGGUGUUUAUUGCCCCACGGGCGUUUAGCGGCCUGGCAUCGCUGCGAUCCCUUACACUGCAACGCUGCAACUUGAGCACGGUACCCACGCAUGCUCUCGCGCACCUGCACGGCCUGACCGUCUUGCGUUUGCGGGACCUGGGAAUUGCCGAGCUUCAGCCGCAUGCCUUCAAGGGUCUUCAACGACUCAAACAUCUAGAGGUGGACCGCUGGCCUCUGUUGGAGGGGUUUCCCACCUCAGCCCUGCAGGGGCUGAACCUCAGCACGCUGUCUGUUACGCACACCAACCUAUCAUCCGUGCCGGUCGUAACGCACCUGUCAUACCUGACGCAUCUAAAUCUGUCUUACAGCCGUAUACGGGUACUGCCAGCAGGAUGGCUGCGGGGAAUGGACAGGCUGGAGGUUGUACGAGUGCGACAGUCUAACCUGCUCAGCGUGGAGCCACAGGCCUUUCAAGGAGCCUCCUCGCUGCGCCUUCUGGACCUCUCGUACAACCGCCUGUCCACACUCGAAAGAGGUGUUUUUCCUGCUUCCGAGUCGCUGCAGAGUCUCCUGGUUGGUCAGAAUCCGUUAGUGUGCGACUGUCGCCUGCGCUGGCUGCUGGAGAGGAAUCCGCUUCUGCUGUACGGGGAUCUUCAACCUGAAUGUAGUGCGCCUGCCCCCUUAGCUGGGAAACUCCUAAGGGACCUGGCGGAAAAUCUAAUCUCUCGUUAUGUAAUCUGCACCAAACCCAGGGUCGUCUCCAUGGCAACAUAUCCGGCACAGGCGGAAGAAGGACAGAGAGCUUGGCUGUACUGCAGUGCGGAGGGGGCACCACCUCCCUCGGUUUCAUGGCUGACACCACUUAGGCGACACAUUACAACGAAGACUACAGGCAGAGUCGUCGUCCACACCAACGGCUCACUUGAAUUCCGCAUGGCAGAGCCGCAGGAUAGCGGCAUGUACGUGUGCGUGGCGUCCAACCCGGCCGGAAACGCUACCCUGUCCGUAACGCUCGCGGUGAAAACCUCGGGAAUCAGAGACAGAGCCUUUUAUGCCAACCACAGCUUCAUUUUUGACCCCGACUACAACAACUCACUGACUAAUGGCACCGAAGAGUUCACCAUCAGGGUGGUGUUGGACUUCACCACCAUCCUGGUCUCCACGGCAAUGGGCUGCCUCAGCUUCCUGGGCGUCGUGUUGUUCUGUUUCCUGUUGUUGUUUGCGUGGAGCCGAGGCAAAGGGAAGCACAGGGGGAGUGUGGACAUCCAGUACGUCCCACGAAAGAGGAAAGGAGCGAACUCGGAACUCACAGAAACAAGCGGGCCCAGACGAGUCAACAUGAAGAUGAUCUAAACUGUUUACAUGACCGAAGACUUCACAGGAUUGCAUGGUCAAGUGUGUGUGUUUGUUAAACUUGUGAGUCUUCGGGUCUCUGUGCUGCAAACGAAGCAAACGGAUGUAUAAUCAUGAAAGUUUACACGUUGUAUCCCAACGGAAACAAAAGAAAGAUAAAGAAACCAAAACGUAUUAUGCGCGUCUUCUGCGAUGCUUUGUCAGUGGAAAGCAUUAUUUGGACAGUGCAGACGUGUGUACGUUUCACUUGUUGUACAUAUUUCAUAUUUGUGGGAAAGAAUGGUAUAUUUAUAUAUAUAUAUACACAUACAUAUAUCUCUAUUUACAGAUACGUUACGAUUACGUUUCAAAACGCUGCAAAAACUCAAGUUGUCUUCCCCAAUAAGCAAAGUAUCUACUGGAUAAAGCCCCGGCAGUGCUGUGUUGUGAAGUGUUUGGUUUUGCUCAGAAUUGCUGUUCUCCUGGGACGUCCUCUCGAUGGCAGAACCUCUGGUGGAACCGGGGAGAUUCUGCCGUUUUGUUGUAAAGAUGUUAAAAUGCAAGAAGAUGUUUGACAUGGUGUGGGUUCCCGGGGCUGUAUUUGUGACUCAGUGGAAGUCUGUGGAACUGUGUGAAGAUGUUCUUUUAUUUCUUAUGUUCUGUCAAAUGCUGCUCCAAUGUUUUUACAUACUAAAUAUCUGUUUAUAUUUUCCAAAGAAAAUAAAUAUAAAUCAUACAGCUUGAUAAGUGUUACUGUCAUCUCAAAUCUUAUUCUUGUCCGUCUCAAGUGUUCCCAGUUGGACAAAACCCUACCCAAUAGAUGUGUACCUUAUAUUUUAAAGCAAAUCAGCAAGCAAUAGCUGUCAUCUAGGUUAAAUAUAGACCCGAUAUAAUCCUGCUGUUAGUAAACCAGAUCAAGCUUGAAUUUGGUAACAUUAUGUUUUUCCCAAAAUAACAUGUGAGAUGUAUGAUAUUGCAUCAUGUACACAAAGUCAAAAGUGAUUACAAGGUGUUUAGUUUCUAAUUUAUUUUUUAUUUUAUUUAUUUUUGGGCUAUGGUCAUGUAUGGUCAACAGACAUCUAUUAAAGGUCCGUUUUUCCUGUGCUUUUAAAGCUUUGAUUGUGUUUACAGUGCACAAUAUAACGUGUGUUCAUGGUUUUUUAUGUAUAAAAACCGCAGUAUUUUUCACAAAAUGUACUUAUCUUUAUAGCGCUGUUUUCACUGUCCUCAAAACGGGCUGAUGUCUUCCUUGUACUAUGAGGUCCCUCCUUCAGAAAUACGUAACGAAUUCUGAUUGUGUAGUUUGUUUAGUGUGUUGUGAUUCCACAGCAGCUUAGCUUAGCCAGAGCUGGCGACUGACGUAUUCCUGUGGGCGGAGUUUUAUGCUGCAUUUACUGUGGGCUUACAUCAGAUGCGAGUUCAACGAUUUGCGCGAGUAGAUUACAUACAAAGUCAAUGCAAAGACGCGAUCAGACGCGUCCUCGCGUGGGGCGAUGCGAAUGACGCGACAUGGGCGGCACGUUUGCCGUGAAAACACACGCUAUUCGCCUCAAACGCGUCUUCGCCCAAGUUAAAAACAUUCAACCCGAGCGAAAAAUUCGCAUGACACGAAGUUAAAUCCCGCGAGUAAUCUAGAGCGAUCAACGCGAUGCGAUUGCACGCUUCGCUUUUGGUGUAAACCCACAGUUACACCAGCCGCGGUAGAGGUGGCAAGCACGGGUGAUUUACAUGUUAAGUCAAUGCAAAGAUGCGAUUAGGCAUCCUGUGGCGCGGUACGUGCGGUAGGCGCGGUACAUGCGGUAGGCACUGCGCGUUCUGAGCGAAUUGCCCGUUGCUGCGGGAAACGCGCAAGUUGAAAAAUCUGAACUUCGCGUAUUUCCGCACCGCGUUAACUAAUCAGGACCUUGCUGUAGUAGUGACGUGAUUUCACCCGCGGCUUUCACACGCGAAUGAAGCGAGUAAACUCAAAUGUUCAAGCGUCCAAAUACACGCGAAUAUCGCGUUUUUGCCGCCUCUACCGCGGCU